AUUACAAGACUUUUAAGGGAUAUGAAGAAUGACCAAAGCAUCGCACCACCAAGCGAGAUCAUCAGAACAAAAUUGACGAAGAACGAGCUUUUGCUAGGAUCUUACUCUUACAUGAGUCUUGCACAAGCUCAAGCUCGAAUUUCACAUUCACGUCUAUCAAUCCCAGUAAAGCACAAUAAAAGACCUGUAGUGUUGUUCGCCGGUGAGGCAACGCAUCACAGGCUUUUCCAAACUGCUAUCGGUGCCUACCUCAGUGGACGUCGAGAAGCCGAUCGACUUCUAAAUGACUGGGAUUCCCGCAAGAGUCCCCACCCUUCCGCUUUGAACUGGCAAGAUAUCGCACCUGCUAUAGGCCUUAAAGGGUCGUACAGUGUUACAGGGAAAAACUACUCUGAUACUCAUCGCAUCGAUGUACAGUUCUGUGCCCGCAACUGGUACAUGGGUAACUGCGUUACCGAAGUCACAUACCUCCUUAAUACCCUUUCCAAUGCGAACAUGGAGCGCGGAAAUGUUAAUGCGGCGCGUACGCGAGCCAUUGUCUGCAUGUCAAUCCAUCACAAUCUGUAG